AGUCAAACGCGACGCUGAGAUUAUUUGCUAAGGACCGCAAAGCGUUAGCUGCUCUCUCCAAAUGCCAAAUAUGUACCGUGAGGCUUCACACGCUGGUAGCUGGUAUACUGAUUCAGGGUCUGAACUCAAUCGUCAACUAAAUAAAUGGUUAGAUGAUGCUGACCUAACAUUUGGUCCCGCUCGUGCCAUUAUUGCUCCUCACGCUGGUUAUCGCUAUUGCGGUGCCUGUGGUGCAUGGGCAUACCGACAGAUUAGUCCUGCCGUGGUAAAACGUGUGUUCAUUUUGGGCCCUUCGCACCAUGUGCGGCUUUCCCGUUGUGCCCUGUCUGCUGCUCAGUACUGCCGUACGCCUUUAUAUGAUCUGAAAGUUGAUCAACAAAUAAACUCCGAACUAGAUGCUACAGGCCACUUCAAAUGGAUGGAUCAGAAAACCGAUGAGGAUGAGCAUAGCAUCGAAAUGCAUCUUCCAUAUGUGGCGAAAGUUAUGGAAAAUUUUAGGGAUCAAUUCACUAUCAUUCCUGUCAUGGUUGGUUCUAUCAGCAAUGAUUGGGAAGAAACUUAUGGAAAAAUAUUCGCACCGUACCUUGCAGACCCUCAGAAUUUGUUCGUGAUUUCAUCUGAUUUUUGUCAUUGGGGACAGCGAUUUCGUUACACCUACUACGAGGAAGGCUCAGGGCCUAUCUAUAAAUGGAUUGAAACAUUGGACAAGAUGGGAAUGGAUUUGAUAGAAACCCUUAAAGCGGAUAGUUUUAGUGAGUAUCUACGAAAGUACAACAACACCAUUUGCGGGCGCCACCCUAUCGGAGUGCUUAUGCAAUCUGUUGAAGAACUGAAACGCCGUGGUUACCGCAUGAGCUUCAAAUUUCUGAAGUAUGACCAAAGCAACCAGUGCUGUGAUAAGAAAGACUCCAGCGUGAGCUACGCCUCCGGUUCAUUGAUAUUCGAGUGAGCUGUCUUAUUCGUGUCUACUAAUUUGCGUCUAAUGACCGAAAAGGAAACGUUUUAGUAUGCGUCAACUUAAUGGUAGUGAAUUGUUUGUUUUGGUUUCUUUGAUAUUUUUUUCAUAUUUUCUCAUUGUGUUACAACAUUCAUUGUGAGAAUUACAUAUCGUUUUUUCGCUUCAUUUAUUGUUCCCUCUUUAUUUUUAAUAAUAUCUUUAUAGUGUUCACGAAACCUUUUCAACAAAAGUUAGUUUCUUUUCAUCAAACAUUUUCAUGAAAACACAAGAGGCGAUCAAAUCAAUUGUAUGUGACGUUACUGAACAACUAUGUGUAAUGACUUGUUUCAAAAAGAAUUCUCAUUUAAAAUAAUAUCUUUGUUUUCGUAGCGCAACGAAUACCGAAAGCAUAUAUGUAUGAAUGUGCAUAAAAUAAAAAUUAAAACCAUAAAUGAUAAGCAUUGAAACUAAUAAUAGAAAGUUUUAAAGAUAUCGUUGUCCUUAGAAUACUACAUAGAAUAUAAUAAAAACAAAAUUGAAAAUCGCCACUAGGAUAGUAAUAUUUCUUCGCGAUACUACGUAACAUUAUAAACAUACAUUUUCCUUGGUGAUUUCCUUUAUCAUGAUUUGAUUUAUAUUUGUGAAAGAGCAAUGUUAAGUAAUUAUUUUUUACUGACAAUCCUCCUUGAAGCAUUAAUACGAAAUAUUCACUGAAUUCAAACCGAAGCAU